AUGCAUGAUUCUUCUGCUAGUGGAUCUUCAUCUGAGGACUCAGAUAAUGACGAUCAACGUCAGAGUCAACGCUCUGAACAUGAUGUGGUUGAUACAACCAAAGAUUCUAAGACGUCAGACGAGUCUCCUGAGUCAGUGGGUUCUGAAGUUCCCAACCUCAGUGAUCCUGUCCUGAAAAUGCUUGGCACGGACAAGCGUCUCCUGAAAGACAAGACUUAUAAUCUCCACCCUGAACUUUCUGCAUGCUGGAAAGAUAUUGUUUCAUCUGGGCUGGAAAAAGAAGCUAAAACUAAAUUGAUUGAUAGUUAUCCCAAUAAGGGAAACUGUACUCUGUCAGCUCCUACUUUCAUAAAAAUGUAA